CAUUAACCGAUUGUCCGGCCAGCUGCUAUAUCUUAUCUUUUCCUGAUUUUCUCAUGCAUACUCCGUAUUUAAUUAAGUAUGGUUUAUCCGGCCACAAAAGAAGGGGACUGCCGGCAGCCGGGGAGCAUUAAAUUAACUCUGGUUGAGUCAGAAAACUUGUGAGUCUUUGAAAACUCAGCCAAGUAUCAUGUGAAAUUCAGGAGAUAAUGUAAGUACUGCAUGCAAGCCAGUACGUACACAUUAAAAACCUCUACUAUAUAUCCAAUCCGACCAUAUUUCUUGUGACCUCAUUCUAUAAAAGUCCACCAUACCCAUUAUUUAUUUAUUAAUUCAUCUCCAUGCACCCCCACCCCCAUUAUAUAUAUAGCUGCAAAAAAAGUUUUUUGGCCAAGCUAGAUAGCUAACUCUUCAUUCUCACAAACGUAACGUGUCUUUUAUUAUACAUAAAAUUAAAGGCCCAAAAGCUGAUUAUUAAGAGGGAUUGAUCGAUCAUGAUGGUAAUUGGAAAUGGAUUGAGGUGUAAUGGUGCUGUUUUACUUCUUCUCAUGACUGUGGGGUUUUGGCUACUCCCCACUACCCACACCCUUAGACCAUCUCACUUUGCUCAUUACCAAGGGAAUGGACUUCACAACGGUGACCAGCCCGCAGAUAAUAAGGCUCAACAGGAUGAAGUGAGGAAGGGGGAGCUGGUGUAUGGAACAGGGGGGUCCACCCGUCCAGACUGUACCCAUGCAUGUGGGCCCUGCUCUCCAUGCAAGAGGGUCAUGGUCAGCUUCAAGUGCGCAGCUGCUGAGUCUUGCCCCGUUGUUUACCGAUGCUCCUGCAGAGGGAAAUACUAUCAUGUUCCUUCCAAUUAAUCACGCUACUUAAUUACUUCAAUUUUUCACGCUAGCUAUCUAGUUCCAGACUUAAUUAUUUAAUUUUAUUUUGUCUGCUUUAAUUUGUAGUGUUAGUUAGUUAGUUGUAGCCAAUUAAUUCCCACUCUAAUUAAGUUCGUGUAGCAGUCUUUACUUUAGUUUGUUGCUCCAUAAUUGGCAGAGGACGAUUUUCCAUGUAAUAUUAAUUAGUGAACAAGAUCAACGUGU